UUGACUGUACUCUGAGAGGAGGGGGACUGGGAACAAACCAGGGAGUGAGAGAGUGAGUGGAGUUUAGAGACAGGUCUGCGGCUGCUGCAGCUGUGGACACUCACGGACUCACUGUUUGCAGCCGCUGCUCUCAGAGCACAGAAGACAAGGACAGACUCCGCUGCAGUGUUUACAGCCCACCCAUUCCCGGCCCGACAUGCGGUGUCCCCCAGGCCUGGAUCACUGAACAUUUGAGGUCAAAGUUCAAGCUUUUUUUUUCUCCAGCAGUCAUGGCUGACAAAGACGGACUAUCUAUUGCCCCGGGCCAGGUCUACAUCGAGGUGGAGUAUGACUACGAGUACAAGGCCAAAGAUAAAAUGGUGGCCAUCCGCCAGGGAGAGUGCUACAUGCUGGUGAAGAAGACCAACGAGGACUGGUGGCAGGUGAGGAAGGAGGAGGGCACGAAGGCUUUUUAUGUGCCAGCACAGUAUGUUAAGGAAGUGCGUCGGGCACUCAUGCCCCCACAGAAGCCCACCUUAAGGGCGAAGCCCACCGUUUUGGAUAUUUGUCGGGCGUCCGAUGAAAACCUCAACAGGCCGCAGCCUGAAAUGACAAGUUUUGGACGUCCGUCUCCUUCCUCCACGCCUUCUCCGUCCUCUGACCGGGUCACUCCUCCAGCUAUAGUCAAGGACACUAACCACAACUUGGGGAGUCCUCAUCACUGCAAGGUUGUAGCCGAGCUGGUCUUGCUUCACAACAACAACAACCACCAACACGCCACGCUGCCACGGAUACGGCCAGACUCGCCUCCGCCCAAAGUUGGAAACAACCAUAUCAGAAGUCCAGACAGUGACAAGACCCCCUCACCAAGCGACCCAUCGGGGAAGGGGCUGAGUAAGAUGCGCAAUGAUUCAGAGUCUGGAGACGAGCUGAGCAGCAGUUCGACGGAGCACAUGCAGACAACGUCACCUCCAGGCCAGGGCAGGUCAGACUCUCCAGUUUACACCAACCUCCAGGAGCUGAAGAUAUCCCAGUCCAGUCUGCCUCCCGUCCCCUCUGGCUCACCUCUCCACAUCCUGGGAGACUGGGAGACCCACAAAGAUCUGAGCGGCAGGCAUUUCUACUACAACCGUGGCACGGGCGAGCGGACCUGGAAACCGCCGCGCACCAGAGACACAGGGGGCAGCACCAGCAGCUUCAGAGGGGAAAGCCAGAGCAUAGCAGAAUAUGAGCUGUUGUCCUCAGAGGAGAACUGCCACAGCACCCACUCCAGUCAGUCUGACAGCCAGUACGGGUCGCCCCCUAGAGGAUGGUCCGAGGAGCUGGACGAACAUGGGCACACGCUCUACGUGUCUGAAUACACACAGGAGAAGUGGAUAAAGCAUGUGGAUGAACAGGGCCGGCCCUACUACUACAGUGCUGAUGGAUCCAGAUCAGAAUGGGAACUUCCUAAGUACAACAUCUCUCCUCUGUCCAGCGAAGUUCCCAAGAGUCGGAGCCUGGAGAGGAAGCAGCAGGAGCCCAUCGUCCUGACCAAGUGGAGACACAGCACCUACCUGUUAGACCUGAACGAUAAGGAAAGUGCCCCAGCGCCCAAGCAGAGCUCUCCAGAUUCUGAUUCCUGCCCCUCAUCUCCUAAGCACCCCUCAACUCCUUCAGAGAAGUGUGGAGUCCUCAAUGUGACCAAAAUCACAGAAAAUGGAAAGAAAGUCAGGAAGAACUGGACCUCCUCGUGGACCGUACUUCAGGGUUCCUCCCUCCUUUUUGCCAAGGGUCAGGGGGGCAGCACAAGCUGGAAGUUCGGCAGCAACCAAUCCAAGCCGGAGUUCACCGUCGAUCUGCGAGGAGGCUCCGUGGACUGGGCGUCCAAGGACAAGUCCAGUAAGAAGCACGUCAUCGAGCUCAAAACACGUCAGGGGACGGAGCUGCUGAUUCAAUCAGAGAUUGACAGCGUCAUCAACGACUGGUUCAGGGCCCUCACAGAGACCAUCAACACACAUGCCUGGGAGUCGGACGAGGCCAUCGAGGAGGACAUGCCUGAGUCUCCUGGAACUGAGAAACAAGACAAGGAGAAGGAGAAGGAGCACAGGGACUCCAAGAAGAACAGAGUGAUGAAGCCUUCCCUGAGCAUGGACAACUCCGAUCAGAAGAAAACCAGGCUGAAACUCAAGAAGUUCCUCACGCGUCGACCCACGUAUCAGGCCGUCAGAGACAAAGGCUACAUCAAAGAUCAGGUGUUUGGAUGCAGCCUGAUCAGCCUGUGCCAGCGGGAAAACACGUCGGUGCCCAACUUUGUCAAAAUGUGCAUCGAUCAUGUGGAGAACACAGGUCUGAGUGUUGAUGGGCUGUACAGAGUGAGUGGAAACCUGGCGGUCAUACAGAAGCUGCGCUUUGCUGUGAAUCACGAUGAAAAGCUGGACUUGAACGACAGCAAGUGGGAGGACAUUCACGUCACCACCGGAGCUCUCAAGAUGUUCUUCAGAGAACUUCCUGAGCCGCUCUUCACAUACGGGUCUUUUAAUGACUUUGUCAACGCCAUCAAAGGCACGGACUACAAGCAGCGGCUGAAUUCCAUCAAAGACUUAAUCAAAAAGUUGCCAAAACCGAACCACGACACAAUGCAGAGUCUCUUCAAACACCUGCGGAGGGUGAUUGACCACGGCGAGGCCAACCGCAUGACCACCCAGAGCGUGGCCAUCGUGUUUGGACCCACGCUGCUGCGGCCUGAGACCGAGACGGGCAACAUUGCAGUCCACAUGGUGUACCAGAACCAGAUAGUGGAGCUUAUUCUCAUCGAGUACGAGAGCAUUUUUGAGAGGUAGAGGCACUGGUGAGGUGAUGCUGGGCUUUUCCAACCACUGGCUUAUUUUCCUUUAAGUCUUUCUUUUGUCUUUGACUAAAGCUGAAUGACGUUGUGGACCAAGUUGUUUGGCGUAAAAUGUCCGUAUUUUCACUCGGUUGACAAGGGUGUUGCACUUACAGACGUUCUAAGGAUGAAUUUAAAAGAAAAAAAAAACAAAAAAAAAGAAGUGUAAAGAUUUCUCCUACAGCCGUUUGGAUGAUAAACAGUAUUUUUUUUUUCGGUGCCACCUUGAUUUUUGUGAAUUUGAGUGUUCACACUGGAUUCUUGUGGCCAGUAUUUCAAACCUCAGAGAGCAGCAGGUGGCGCUCUUUUAUUCUCAAUGGGACCGGACCGCGCUGCUUCUUUGGCACCAGAAGGAUGAACAGGUGACCUCUUUGCCUCUCCUGAGGAACGAGCUCAUCCUGAGCUGGAGAUAUUUUCUUCUUCGUUGUACAGCUGUGUCUGUGACUUUGUCAGCCCUGUUGGGUUUUUGGAUCAGGUCGAGAGAGAAAAAUAAAGAAGAUCAGUGUUAUGUAAUAGGACUUGGCUUUUGGCACUUGGACAAACUGGAGCUGCACACCGAUACAAUCCCUCUCCCUCACCCCUCACUCCCCCCCCCCCCNNNCCCCUCUGAACAGUAUUAACCAUUAACCCCGUGACUUGAAUGACAGAAGCCUCUGUGUGUGUGUGAGAGAGAACUUGUGUGUGUAUGAGCGUGUUUAAUUAAUUAAAAAAGUAAAUGGAAUAAACGUUGAGCAGAAGCAUCCUCGUCCUGUCACUGCGUGCAAACAGUGUUGUGUUGUCCUAAAAUACUCUGCAGUUCCGCCGAACCGCCUGCAGGGUUUUCUCCUCACUUGUGGUCUGUGCUCUGUUCUGAACCUCAGUGUAAGUGUCUGCAGUGGCGGGAAUCGAACAGUGUUACUGGAAAACAUCUCAAGUCCAUUUCUGGGAACUGCAACAUUAAGCAUUUCACGUCUGAUGACCUCUCUCCUCACCUUUGCUAAUAAGGCAGGGCGCGCGGAGAAGGCGAAGGGUAACGAUUUUAUGUGUGUGCGCGUGUGCGUGUGUACGUCUUGGCGAUAUGGAAACUCUUUCAGCCUCAACAUGUCGUCGUUAAAUAAUGUGCUCUAGUGACUGAGGUGUGUCUGCUUUGGUGAUGAGGGAAAAAAACAAAACAAAAACAAAACUCGUGGCUGACUGUUACGUCUGUCUGAAGGUGUACGUGGUGUGUGUUUGCGCAUGGUCGGCUGCACAUUUUGAAUGUACUUUUCAAGCUAACUGCUGUUUGUGAAUCUGCUAUGUCUAAUAAAAGAGGAAAAGAGAAA